UCGGCCUCCACUCCCCCACAGACCUACUCUUACUCUUACACUUGCAAUACUUCAUCGCACGUACCGUACAGUCCCUACCGAUCGCCGGCCACCGUAGACGACGACCGUAACAGAGCCUCACAUUUCUCGUCUUUUCCCCCAAACGGCACCCACUCUAUAGCCACUUACGCCACUAGCUUUGCACAGCACUCGUCACAACAACAGCAACAGUCCCAAACCAAAGUCCCGCCACAACCGCCGGUCACAGCACCUAAACCGCAGAUUAAUAGUAGUAAUUGGACACCAGGUUCGUCGCCGUACGCCCUGUCGGCCACGAUUCCCGGUCCCGGACAGUCGUCCAUCGCUCCGGGCUCGCGAUCCGCGCCCCGUCGUGGUAGAGGUCUCUUGAAGACACCCAACACUGGCUCCAGUAUUCCCAUAUGCGGAACGUGUGGGACACCCAUUCGUGGCCCAUUCAUAGUGGCGCUGAACAAGACAUGGUGUCCGCAUCACUUCACGUGCGCUAACAGUCAAUGCAAUCGCGCACUCGAAGAGAUCGGUUUCGUCGAAGAACAGGGAAAACUCUACUGCGAGACCUGCUAUGAGGCAUAUCUG